AGUUACCAAGCCUCCAUUCUUCAUGUCUUGCGUUGGGAGCAUUUAGACAAACCUUUGCCUCCUCUCCACAAGCUGCAGCAGCAGCAGCAGCAGCAGCAGUUCCAGCAGCAGCAGCUGCAGCCGCAGCUGCAGCAACUGCCGCAGCAGCAGCUGCUGCAGCAACUGCCGCCGCAGCCACAGCUGCAGCACCUGCAGCCGCAGCUGCAGCAACUGCAGCCGCAGCUGCAGCAACUGCAGCCGCAGCUGCAGCAACUGCAGCCACAGCAGCAGCUGCAGCAACUGCAGCCGCAGCAGCAGCUGCAGCAAGUGCAGCCGCAGAUGCAGCAGCUGCAACCACAGCAACAGUUGCAGCAGCCACAGCAGCAGCAGUUCCAGCAGCAGUUCCAGCAGCAGCAGCAGCUGCUGCAGGGCUUUCCUACAGCGAGGCUCUCAGAUGGCCUGCAUAACCCGCAGCAGCAGCAGCAGCAGCAGUAG